CCGUUUGGCCGUUACCGCCACCACGCAACGGAGAAUCAAAAAGCAGCUCCUCCCAGAGUUCGCCAUUGGCACGCUUUCUUCAACAUUUCAUUUGCCUUCUCAUCUCUCUCGUCCUUCGCAAAAUUUGCGAAAAGCUUUGAAAUUCCAAUGGAAUCGGCCAUUUCGUCUCCGCUUUCCACGUCGUCUCAUAUGCUACCUUCGCCUUCCCGUUCAUCGCUUGGCUCCAGAUCUCAUUCUUUCCCGUCACUUCCAAACCUCCGGUAUCCGAGUUUCAAAUCCAGAUGCUUCCUCGGAAUUCCGUUCCGUUCGCGCCAAACCCAGCCAAUCCGAUGUCAAAGUUCUAAUCAACAACCAGCUAAAGACGACGGCUUUGUCAUCGAAGACGUUCCUCACUUGACUGAUUUUCUCUCUAAUUUACCGUCGUAUCCAAAUCCAUUGAAACAGAGCCAAGCUUAUGCUGUUGUCAAGCAAACUUUUGUAAGCACAGACGAUGUGGUUGCGCAGAAAGUGAGUGAUCCCUUUCCACGCUUCCGAAAAAGAGAGAAGAAAGUUGUUGUUCAAAAGGAUGAUCCCAGAGGGGUACAUUUUCGACGCGCAGGACCUCGGGAAAAGGUUUAUUUCAAGUCAGAUGAAGUGCGUGCUUGCAUAGUGACAUGUGGGGGUUUAUGCCCAGGGAUCAAUACUGUGAUUCGAGAAAUUGUAUGUGGUUUGAACUACAUGUAUGGUGUGGAAGAUAUACUUGGAAUUGAGGGAGGAUAUAGAGGCUUUUAUUCUAAAAAUACAUUGAGGUUGACACCAAAAGUUGUCAAUGAUAUCCACAAGCGUGGUGGGACCUUUCUUCGAACUUCACGAGGAGGUCAUGAUACAAACAAGAUAGUUGAUAACAUACAGGACCGAGGAAUAAAUCAGGUGUACAUAAUUGGAGGUGAUGGCACCCAAAAAGGAGCAGCUCUAAUUUACAAGGAAGUUGAGAAACGUGGUCUUCAAGUGGCAGUUGCUGGGAUCCCUAAGACAAUUGAUAAUGAUAUCGCUGUGAUAGACAAAUCCUUUGGUUUUGAUACUGCUGUUGAAGAAGCUCAGAGAGCUAUUAAUGCUGCACAUGUGGAGGUUGAAAGUGUGGAAAAUGGAGUUGGAAUUGUCAAACUCAUGGGCAGAUACAGUGGUUUCAUUGCUUUAUAUGCAACUUUGGCAAGUCGAGAUGUGGAUUGUUGCUUGGUUCCAGAAUCUCCAUUCUAUUUGGAAGGUCGGGGUGGGCUUUUUGAAUUUGUUGAAGAGCGGCUUAAAGAAAAUGGACAUGUGGUUAUUGUGUUAGCAGAAGGAGCAGGGCAGGAAUACGUUGCACAGGAAAUGCAAGCGGUUGAUGGGAAAGAUGCAUCAGGAAAUAAGCUACUCCUAGAUGUUGGCCUAUGGCUGACCGAAAAGAUUAAGGAUCAUUUUACAAAAGUUCAGAAGAUGGCAAUAAAUACGAAAUAUAUAGAUCCAACAUAUAUGAUUCGUGCUAUCCCAAGUAAUGCAUCAGACAAUAUAUACUGCACUCUUCUUGCUCAGAGUGCUGUUCAUGGGGCCAUGGCAGGAUUCAGUGGUUUCACAGUUGGGCCUGUAAACAGUAGACAUGCUUAUAUUCCCAUUUCUCGUGUGACAGAGACGCAAAACACAGUGAACUUGACAGAUAGGAUGUGGGCUAGACUUCUUGCAUCGACGAACCAGCCUAGUUUCUUGGAAGGCAAUGAACUGCAUGAAAGAGUUGAUAAAGAGGAUGUUGAUGUGAUCAACCACAACAUGAGAGCUACUUCCAUAUAAAUUUAUGGAGCUGAGGUCGCAGUUAUUUUCAAGUGGACACCACAACUUUGUUUCUUGGAAUUAUGCCAACAGGGUCUUACCAUUCUUAAAAGGUUUUACACCAACCACUUUCCAAGGUGACGUGACUUAGGCCUUGCUUUUAUUACACUUUUCUCUUUGAAAAAUGAAAUAAAAUAAAGCAAACAGAAAGAUUGGACAUGGAGGAUGAGAAAGAGAUGAGAGAAGUGAGGAAAUGAGGAAAUGAAAGAGGUGGGGACAACAGUUAGAAUAAAAACUUAGACAGUACAACAAAACCCAGAUAAUAUCUUAGGCUUUAUAUUCUGAAUAUCAAUUUAUGAACGAUCACCCGUUGGGAAGAUUAGGUUUUAUGCUGCAAAAGAUUUUUUGUUAUAUAGGUUACACUACUGAUAAUUUGUUUGUAAAACAAUGUCAUUAUGCUGUUAAUGGAUUCAACUUUGGCAUCAUCAUCAUCA